GUGGGAAGAAGACGUGAAGACCGCCGAGCUGACACACACCCAAAAACCCUAAUCACAGAGGCAGAAGAAUUCCUCAUUCCUCUUCUUCUUCAAACUAAAGCCCUUCCUCCUCCUUUCUUCAGUCUUCUUCUCUCCUUCCCUUUUACUUUACCCCUUUGCUUUCCUAGUUUCCUUUCGUUUCUCCCCUUUUCCAGUCUCUCUGCUCUCUCUCUUUUUUUUUUUUACUUCACCUGAGGCUGUACACCGUUUCCCGCCUCGCUGUUUCCCCACUCUCUCUCUAUCUCUUCCCGUCUCAGCCGAGCGAGAUAAUGCUUGUUGUCGGCGCCGGCGAUGAAGGUGUCGUUGCAACGCGGGCCGUCAAGGAGCAGCCCGCUCCUCUGUUCUUCCUCUCUUUUUAAACCAACUCUGUCUUUAUUCUUCAGAGCUCCCUCUUCAAAACCCUCUUCUUCUGUUCUCUCAAUGCCCUGCCACGCUACCGCUUUAUCCUCUUCCACCGCCGCCGCCUCCUCCUUCGUCCGGAAUCCUUCCUUAACCGUACCCAAGGCGGCAGCCACGUGUUCUCGCUCAUAUUCCACCCUUUACAGCGCCUGCCGCAGCGCAAUCGAAGGGACCGGGAGGACCACAGCAGCUGGAACCCCGCUCAGGGCCUGGCAGGUGGGUCGUUUCCUCUGCCGCCGCACGCUCUCAGCGGCCGAGCUCGUGGGCUCUGCUGCUGCUAAUGCAUCUGCGGCCGCUGUUGAUGGGCUGAAGAGCGGUGGAGAUGAUGGCAGCGAGAAGGACGACGGCGGGGAAGAGAAGGAGAAGGAGCAGCAGCAGGGGAAAAUAAGCCGGCGGCAGAAGGGCUCGCCGAGCGGCGACGCUGUAAGUAACGCUGAUUUGCUGACAAUUCCUGGUGUUGGCCCUAAGAACUUGAGGAAAUUAGUGGAGAAAGGGCUGAGCGGCAUGACUGAGCUCAAGCAGCUGUAUAAGGACAAGUUUCUAGGGAAAGAAAAUGAGACAAUGGUGGAGUAUUUACAGAGUUCUGUAGGGAUCAUCCACCGAAACCAUGCCGAGAGCAUAACCACGUUCAUCAAAGAGAGUGUAGAUGAAGAGCUGAAAGAUACAAGCUCGGAUGCCCGCCACAUGCCUAAGAAGCGGAUCACCUUCUGCGUGGAGGGUAAUAUCAGUGUUGGAAAGACUACAUUUCUUCAGAAGAUAGUCAGUGAUACGAUUGAGCUGAGAGACCUUGUUGAAGUGGUGCCAGAACCGAUUGAUAAAUGGCAGGAUAUAGGGCCUGAUCAUUUCAAUAUACUGGACGCAUUUUAUGCUCAGCCAAACAGGUAUGCCUACACGUUCCAGAACUAUGUUUUCGUCACAAGGGUUAUGCAGGAACGAGAGUCAUCAAUUGGGCUUAAGCCUCUUAGGCUCAUGGAGCGAAGCGUUUUCAGUGACCGAAUGGUGUUUGUGCGAGCAGUGCAUGAAGCAAAAUGGAUGAACGAGAUGGAGAUAAGCAUAUAUGACUCGUGGUUUGAUCCGGUUGUAUCAGUUCUACCCGGUCUUAUCCCUGAUGGGUUCAUCUAUCUUAGAGCAACCCCUGACACCUGUCACAAGAGAAUGAAGCAGAGAAAGAGGGAAGAAGAGGGUGGAGUUUCCCUAGACUAUCUUCGUGACUUGCAUGAAAAGCAUGAAAGCUGGCUGUUCCCCGCUGAUAUUGGGAAUCAUGGGGUCUUGUCUGUCAGUAGGCCUCCCUUGCAACUUGAUAGCUCGAUACAUCCUGAUAUAAGGGAUCAAGUGUUCUUCUUGCAAGGUGAUCACAUGCACUCCAGCAUUCAGAAGGUUCCUGCCUUGGUUUUGGAUUGUGAAGCAAACAUUGACCUUAACAGGGAUACCGAAGCCAAAGAGCACUAUGCACGCCAAGUUUCUGCGUUCUUUAAGUAUGUCAAGCAGAUGAAGGAAGUUUCGCCAGCUCCCGGUGAUGGUGGCCCCAGUACUAGACAGAUCAUGCUGCCCCGUGAAGGUGGGUUGCUGCUACCAAAUGGGAAGCACUUUGGCGAAUCUGCUCUCAGGUCUCUGGAAGUCCAACGGGCUCUCCUUCGCGUCUAGCCAGUGAGAGCCGCUUGCUGCCCGCCCAACCUCGGUUCCCUCACCUCCUUUUUGUCUGACACGCCCAUGGGAAGAUGUCAAGUGUCUAUCUCCUCCUGCUGCGCAUGUAUAGAGUUUGUUUAACCCCCAAGUAGGCACCCGGUAGAUCUGUAGAUUUUGGUCUUGUAUGAAUGAUGAAUAGUCUCUGAAAGAUGGUUUGUAGUGUUUUUCAAGGAUGGUAAUGGAAGCGGUUGCUUGAUUUCAGUGUCUUUUGUAUCAAGUGGUCGUGGUAUUGGCAGGUUAAAGAUAACUGAUUGUAGUUGACUAGAGAUUGGCGAAGCUUCAAACUUGGUAGAUAAUGAAAUGUGUAUUAAUGUUCGUUCAACUUUCUGCGGGUGUUGGUGCCUUUCUGUUUACCAAAUUGUCAAUAUGUACAUGUACAGGUUAAUUGUGAUGC